GUCCUUUGUUACUUUUGUUUACCAGUAUCCAGAAGAAUAAGAUCUUUGUACAAUACAGCGAUCACGAGUUCUACACUUUCCCAUAUGAUACCACAACGAUAAUCCGACUACUUUCCUCACCGCCCCACCACUGGCCUCGGCCUCGACCUCGGAGAUCAGGAUCGUAUAAUAUAGACAUUGCCAAUAAUGGCACCCGCACCUUCGAAAGAAGAGAUGCCUGCUUGGGGCCUGGCUCUUGCCGGUUCAGCAGGAGCUCUGGUUGCCAACUCGCUCGUCUACCCGCUCGAUCUCGUCAAGACGAGAUUACAAACACAAGUCAAGAGAAGCAAAACAGAUACCUACGCCGCAGAUCCGAGCGAGGUACACUAUGAAGGCACACUUCACGCAAUUCAGCACAUCAUUCAAGAGGAAGGUGUUUCGGGACUUUUCAAUGGCCUUGGUGGAAACCUGCUCGGUGUCGUCAGCACAAACUUCGCAUAUUUCUACUGGUAUGGACUUGUACGAGAGCUUUACCAUGACAAGAUUGCCAAGAGCAGGAAGGUCGCGAGCACGCCUGUGGAGUUGACGUUGGGGGCUAUUGCCGGCGCAUUGGCGCAAUUGUUCACCAUCCCAAUCAGUGUUGUGACUACGAGACAGCAAACGCAGAAGAAGAGCGAGAAGAAGGGUAUAAUGGAGACUGCGAAGGAAGUGAUUGACGGACCUGACGGUGUGGCUGGCCUGUGGAGGGGUCUGAGUGCUAGCAUGGUCUUGGUGGUUAACCCAUCCAUCACGUAUGGUGCAUAUGAGAGAUUACACGCCGUGGUCUUCCCAAAUAAGACGCGAUUGGCGCCUCAUGAGGCAUUUGCCCUCGGAGCACUCUCGAAGAUGAUUGCGACCAUUGUGACACAGCCAUUGAUUAUCGCCAAAGUCGGCCUGCAAUCAAAGCCACCGCCACAGAGGAUGGGCAAGCCUUUCAAGUCAUUUACCGAGGUCAUGGCUUUCAUCGUCGAGCGAGACGGUAUUCUCGGACUCUGGAAGGGUGUCGCGCCACAACUUCUCAAGGGAUUCUUGGUGCAAGGUAUCUUGAUGAUGACCAAGGAACGCGUCGAGCUUAUGUUUGUCCUGCUCUUCCGAGCCGUGCGGAAAGCACGACAAGAACAGCUGGACAAGCUCGCCAAGAUCGCAGCAGAGAAAGUCGAGCAAGCAAAGGCCCAGGUCAAGCAGACCAUAUCGUAGUGGCAGAAGCCAUGUUCGAAAUUUGUAGCUAUCGAUUCUUGCUCAGAUGCAGAUGGAUUGGGACUAGCAGGCCGGCGUUGUGGGAGCAUAUAGGGAUUUGACAUAUAUCUGCUUGCACGAGACAGCGUAGAUCUUUGGAUUUGACGGCCGAGUACGCUACGCAUUGCGCAGAAGCAACGCGACAUUUGGGGGUAUAUAGUGAUCAUGUUGUACAAGACCUAGGAAACGAGGCUCGAAAGAGAGGAGCUGAUACCCGCAUCAGACUGUUUCUGACACGAUCGUGCCACCAAGUUCCUCAAUGCAGAGUGAAGAGUCUCAACGUCCGGGCCACCGUCCGACAUCCACUCCGUCCUUGUUCGGUUCCAUCUCUCACGGCUCCAAGAGCUCGCUGUCCUGAACGUCAUCGCCGCAGCUCUACUUCUUCGACCCCUUAACCUCAACCUCAAGAGCCUUGACAUAUCCCUCUAACCUCGUCACCGCAGAUUGUAAAGCAUAGAUAUCCUCAUUCAACAGCUCAUUCGAAACCUUGUACUCGUCCACCACGUAGUAAUACAUUCCGCUUCCUGCAAGCACAGUUCCCAGCAGGAAACCGAAUAAUGAUCCGCGGAAUGCUCCGAUGGGUUUCUUGGGUGGGAUUACGGUGUCGGCUAGCAGUUUUCGACUCGUUUGGAAGCUUCGUCGUAAGGCGAGUGUCUGGGCGGGGGAAGUGAUCGCGGGUCGUGGGAGUGCGCGUAGAGUGCGCGGUAGUCUUGCUGCCAUGUUUGUGGUGUAGUCUCGAUGUUUGAAGGUGACUCGGUCGUAUCGUAAG